AUGUCGAUGACAGACUUUCUCAACGCUGAGGACAUCACGAAGGCAGUGGGGGCCUUUACCGCUGUCGACUCCUUCGACUACAAAAAGUUCUUCCAAAUGGUCGGACUGAAGAAAAAGAGCCCGGAUGACGUGAAGAAGGUAUUCCACAUCCUGGAUAAAGACAAGAACGGCUUCAUCGAUGAGAAGGAGCUGGGAACCAUUCUGAAAGCCUUCUCCCCAGAUGCCAGAGACCUAUCUGCUAAAGAAAUCAAGACACUGCUGGCUGCUGGAGACAAGGAGGGGAAUGAAAAGAUUGGGGUCGAUGACUUCUUUGCUCUGGUGGCUGAAAGCUAAGAGGCUCUGACUGCCCAGGUCUUGUCCUUCUCUGCCCCAAACACCCGAUCUCAGCCCCACUUGCUGCCCUCCUGCCUUUCUGUUCAGUUUGUUUAUGUUAUUUUUACUACCCCCGUCCCUUG